AUGGGGCCGCUAGCUGGGACCAUUGUUUGUGACUUUUACCUGAUCCACAAGCGUAAGUUGGAUAUUCGUGAGCUCUACAAAGGUCACAGAAUCUACUGGUACACUUACGGUGUGAACUGGAGAGCCUUUGUAUCAUUCCUCCUCGGAUUUCUACCAACGCUACCUGGUUUCGCGCAUAGCAUCGAGAAGACACUUGAUGUUGGUGAUGCUUGGAAGCUUUAUACAUUCGCAUGGCUUUUCGGAUUUUCUGUCGCUGUCGUAUCGUAUUAUAUUAUUUGCACCUCUAUCUCCCCGCCGACGGAGAGCUUGGUGGAGUUUGCUGUGUUGCCGCCCGGUAAGGUUGACUCAUCUCUAGGGACUACGCUCGAAGAAGACGUAGCUAGUGAUCAUAAGGUUGAGGAUGUCGCAAUUGGGGAGAAGGAAAUUAUUAUAGAGAGCAGAGACUCGCCUGUUUGA